AUUGGCCGACGCAGCGCGGCGACGUCACGAGCCGCGAUUCCGGUUGUUUAAAAUGAAAGGGAAAUGGCGUCCGCCGCUUACGGCUGCUUGGAGCGUGAAAGAGCGUCUGGACGUACCGGUGCCGCAACGGUAGCGAUCGACGAGAGCGCCUUGCUCGCUGGAUUCGAGCCUUGUGUGUGUGUCCGCCGAACCCCGAAGCCCCCCACGGAGAUAUCCGACGACCGACCUCACGUGUGCCUCCGGAUUGCUAGAGAACGUGGUGCGGAGGUCCCGGUGACCCAGGAGCGGCUGCGCGAUGCUCACUCACACGGCGGGCUGGUUCGACGCCUUCCGGGAGAACGGCGGCCCGACGCUCUACAUGAGCGACAACCGGACGUCGGUGAGCGCCGACCCUGCCGAAGUGCUCGUGUACCUGGCCUUCGUCACGCUGCUCGUGGCCUUCCUCGCCGUCGUGCCGGGCAUCCGCAAGGAGCGCUGCACCACCGUCUUCUGCGUCUCGUCCAGCCUCCUGGUGGGAGCCGCCAUCUUGAUCGGCGUCCACGGCACCAGCUGGCACGUGGGCCGCGGCCAGACGGUCACCUACUACAGAGCGUUCUCUCGAGAGCGGAUCCCUGCCCGGCUCGGCGUCUACGUGGGGCUGAGCUCGGUGAACGUGACGUACGCCGCCGUCGUCGAGAACGCCCGGAGCAACGAGACGCUGGACAUCAACUUCAACGAGGAGUUCUGGUGGCCCAAACCCACGUCCCUGAGGAAGGAGUACUACGAUGCACUCGUCAAAGGACUGCCUUUCCCCAUCCUCACGGUCCUCGACUACCUCAGUCAGGACUCCGGAGGCUUCCUGUGGGGGCGCAUGUACCGGGCCGCCGGCGGCUGGGCGCAGCUGUUCCUCUGGGCCUCGUUCGCAGCCUGGCUCCUGGCCAACGUGCUGCUGUGCGCCGUGCCGCGCUACGGGACCUACACCCUCCAGCUCACGGGGGCGCUCAUGGUCGUGUCCACCAUCAUCUACAGCAGUCUGCUGCCAGACUUGCCCCUCGUCAUACCGCUCGAGGGAGACUUCCUCCAGCUCUCCAUGGGAUGGAACUUCUGGCUCGUACUCAUCAUCGGCAUUCUGGCCAUCAUCCUGGGCGGGGUGAUGGCCUUGGUGGACAUCCUGUACCCGAGCAAGUUCCCCACUGUACUCGAGGUGGACUACGACACGCCGUACCGCUACUUCGUGGCCCAGGGCAACACGAGCCGCAACACGAGUGCCGCCAACAGCACCGCCAACAGCCCCGUGCCGCUGCCCAAGUACCACAAGAUGGGCUCUUCGGAGGAGUACAGCGGGCCCUCGUCGAGCGGCAUGAACCCCCUAGGAGGAAUUAUACUGCCUGCCGACGACAGCGACUCCAUCACCAACAUGAUCGAGGAGCCGGACGCUGGCAUCGACAACGCGGCCUUCGAGUCCGAGCACGAGGACGGCUGCGUGAUGGUGGACGGCAAGCGAGCCGUCACGCUCCAGGACUUCGGCAAGUUCGCCGACGCCAACCGCAUUAGCAGCCCUUCGAGUUCCAACUCGGGCUCCGGGUCGAUGGCGGCCAAGCGACGGGCCUUCGGCUCCAGCAUCGGCUUUAACGUGAAGGACGUCACUAUCGACAUCCACGCCGAGUCCUCCAAGUGGUGACGGUCGAUCCACGCCCGAAUGCGUCCGGGGCGCCGGAGCAGCUGCAGCGGGACUUUGGGACGUGCAGCUUUGUGUCGUGCCAUUUCCGCUUCGCGUUGUGGACUGCCUGCCAGAGCGCUCAGCCUCAGUGCUUCGGGACGAAGCCCAGUCAGAGCCAAGUUUUCCUCGCUUGACGCCAGCGACAUGUUUCGACGAUUUUGGUGUGAAGCCCGGUGUAUCUUAAGUUAUCUUCCCUCGGACAAUGUGUUUGAUUGCCAUCCCUCGAGGCUUCUAGAAGAAGUCUGCUACGUUAUCCAAAUAUCCUGAAGGAUGUUGACGUGUCUUGUUUUGGCAACGUUAUGUAAAUAUUUACGAAAAGCCUUUCUAAGAACUGCGCGGCUUCAGCAUGCAAGCUCAUCGAAGGAAACCAUUUCCACAUUGACACCAGCUGCUUUCUAGCCUAUAUAACCAAAAAGAAAAAUGAUUUCCAUUGCCCAUUUCAGCACCUUUGGCUUAUGUAUGCAUAACUGACUAGCGUGCUUCAAUAUGGACUGAACAUACAUCUUCUUUCACUCUGAUUCUGGACAGAAAUACGGUUGGUUUACCCGAAGAUAACUGCAAAUACUCCUUCAGGCAUGUCUUGUCAACAUUUGUCAAACUUCAACAUCCGUACCCCACCGGAGUGCUUCAUCACUGACUCUGAACGAGUUCCUCCUGAUUUCCCGUAGACGUGGUGAUAACGGUACAUUGAUCACGGCGCCAUUGAGAUUUGAGCGGUAGUCUUGCAUGGAGAUGCCGUACACGUCAUACUUUGUAUAUUGAUAACGCGCUCCACGUUGUGAAACUUUGCAAGUGAGAUCUCUAUCUGGUCACUGAAAGCAGAUCCCAUUCUCGAAUCAGAGAGCUUCACAUCAUGGCGCACGACGCGAUACACUUUCAAUAUCAAGUUUCCGGGAUUUCUCACUGGUGCCGCAGGUCGGGAUUACGAGCAACAUGGAGUAAUGCUGGGUACCGUCUUCGGUCUCUUUUCGUUCAGGGCGCCAAGGACUGAGGCAUGCCUGAAACAUCGUGAAACAAAACCAUGACUGUACUUGCAUUUACUUCAAGACCUGAACUCGCAAAGGCAACAAGACCUAAUUGUCCACCUCCAUUGGCAGUUUUAUACUGUAACAAUUUGCGACAUUAGCUCCUUUUAUUUGCCAGUAGAAACGAUCCGUUUUUUGUUUAUUGUGUUUGCCCCACUUUGUCAAGCUUGCCAUACUCAUGAAUCCUCAUGAAGACGUUCGGCGUUUCCCCUGAAAGCGCUGGGAUGAUUAAUGUAUGUCCAUAUAUUUAUUAAAUCAUGGUAAUCAUUAGGAUGUUGCCGCGCUUGUGCUUGCGUAUGCCAAUUUCUCCUACGAUGCUAACUUUCAAUGUGAUCACUGGGGUUAGCCUCGUCAGCUCCCAAAAAGAGAAAAUGAAUCUGUGUGAUAAGAAACUCUAGUCGUACCAGAACACAAUGUUAUUGAACAAUUCUGUUGGUUGUGUACUGUGUUAUGAUGUCCCCUUCCAUGUUGAAUCAACUCACGCGCAAGCUUCGGAGAGUUUGCGUGGUAUCCUUUUUGUGGGUGCGCAAAUAAAUGUACUUUACUACAAUUCCA